AUGACAAGGGACCACAAUGGAACCUGGGAGAUGGAGAGUAAUGAGAACUUUGAUGGCUACAUGAAGGCCCUGGAUAUUGAUUUUGCCACUCGCAAGAUCGCAGCGCAUCUGACUCAGACAAAGAUCAUUGAACAAAACGGCGAUAACUUCAAGACACAAACCAACAGCACAUUCCGCAACUAUCACGUGGAUUUCACCGUGGGCGUGGAGUUUGAAGAGUUCACAAAGGGCCUGGAUGGCCGGAGAGUUCAGUCACUGGUCACUUGGGAAGGCGAUGUCCUUGUGUGCGUGCAAAAGGGAGAAAAGAAGAACCGUGGCUGGAAGCAGUGGGUUGAGGGAGACAAGCUGUAUGGGGAGCUGACAUGCCUCGACCAGGUGUGCCAUCAGGUGUUCAAAAGGAAGUAAUGGCCACAGGGCACCUGCCGAGCAUGCGCCGCACACUCCC